UAACUCCUACAGUAAACUGUCUGUAAAUCUAUACAGUAUCUCAAUUGUUUAAUGCAAAUGGGCAUAGGAAAUUCCUCCGUGCUGAUAGUCGCAUUCUCAGAAAAUGGCUUCAACAGUAGCAAUAUCCACGCCUCUUUCCCAUUCAUCAUCCCCCAACCCCAAAGGCAAGCCCUCUAAUCUAAACCCAAGAAUCUGCUUUCUUGCUACCACUCCAAACAAGCAGCUAUCAGCACUCAAGCACACCAAGACUUCUGCCUCCACAUUUCCUCCAAAUCUCUGCAUUAAGAGGAGGAAUGCUGGACUUGAGGGCCGCCUAUCACCUAAAGCUGCUUCAUCUUCUUCAGUUGUAAGUUCAGAGUACACAGAAGAACCCGAGACCAAGGUAAAAUUUCAAACAUCACUGAGCCUUCCAGGUUGCUCCUCAUUAUCAUUACUUGGAACUGGAUACAGGGAAAAAGUCUUUGCAAUAAUUGGGGUUAAAGUCUAUGCUGCGGGACUGUACACAAAUCAGUCCGUCUUCAGCAAGUUAGAUGCCUGGAAAGGACGCUCAUCGGUGGAGUUGCAACAGGAUUCAUCAAUUUUUGAUGCAAUUUUUCAGGCUCCAUUAGAGAAGUCACUACAUAUUAUUCUUGUAAGAGAUGUAGACGGUAAAACAUUUUGGGAUGCAUUGGAUGAAGCCAUCUCUCCAAGAAUUACAUCACCAACCCCGGUCGACGAAUCUGCACUCUCGACGUUCCGUAGCAUCUUUCAAGGACGGCCCCUUAAGAAAGGAACUUCAAUAUUCUUGACUUGGUUGGACACAACAAAAAUGCUUGUUUGUGUAUCACCCGAUGGGGCGCCUUCUUCUGUUGAUGCUACAAUUGAAUCAUCAAACGUCACGUCCGCUCUCUUUGAUGUGUUUCUUGGAGGUAAUCCGGUGUCCCCUUCUCUGAAAGCUUCAGCUUCUAAUGGAUUAGCUGCAACACUCAAGUAACUGAGUCGUUCUCUUAAGUUCUAACGUUUAUUCAUUUCCUAUAAAAAGAAACUUAUUCUCACUGAGUUGCUCCAGUUUUUGUACGCGUAUCUAUAUGUUUAUGAAUGGAUUCGUAUUGUUUGCUCAUAAACGAUGUUCGUUUUCUGACUUGUUAAGAUGCUGAAGCACAAUUUCAAGCCCCUGA